GCCACCUGCCGCAGCCAUUAUAGAGGCCAUUUGAAGUUCCAACGUUGAAGGCAAAAUACGUUCGUUUUGGUGCGCUCUUGCAAUGGUGCGCGCUUUGCUCAUCGUGUGGAUGCUUGUGACCUCUGGUGUCGCUGUGCGAAUGGGAAGUGGAGGUGCAGAUUUAGAAGCAGAUGAUGAGUCAUUUGCCGUGGGUGACAUGGUUUUGAUCCAGACGGGGAAGUACAAGUCCUGCCAGGGUGAAGUGAUCCAAAUCUCUUCCAGUUCCAAAGUGAAGGUGCGCCGCCGCUGUGGCGAUGGCCGCAAGGGUGAUGGGAAGACGUGGUGGUACAAGCCUGGGCAAGUGGAAGAGAUCGAUGACUCUGAAGAGGAGGAGGAGCCGGUGGAGCCGCAGGAGGCUUUGCCAGACAUCUCUCUCAUCAUGGAUGAUGACUUCCGGUCCAAGCACAAGCUCUGUGAUCGCUACAAGGACCUGCCUCCCGUGGAUCCCCGGGCCACACCGCCUCGCCUGAAUGGACGGCCCGUGGUCCGGCGCGGGCAGAGCUUUCGACUCCAGCUGCAGCUGUCUGCGACGAAGUCAGCUGAUGUUCGACUCUUGCAGGGCGGUCAGAUGGGCAAAGCAGAGCUUCGAGGAGGUGAAAUCCAUGUGGAGAUUCCUGCUUGGGCACCCGUCGGGGAGUAUGAGGUGCUAGCUCUCGACUCGAAGGACGCUACCCUGGCCACCUUUGGCUUCAUCGUGAUCUUCAACCCCUUCAGCUGUCCCUCUUGCCCAGAGUACUCAGAUCAGCACCAGGAGUAUUUAGAUGGCAAUGAAGGUUUACUCUUCCAGGGCCUCUCAGAUCAUUACACGGCCAACCAUUGGUACCACGAGCCCUUCCGAGCCGCUAAUUUGCUCAUUGCCCUGAAGCUCCUGGAUUGGCUGCCCAUGAUGCUCCGGGGCGACUUGACGGCGGUCACACGGUACCUCACGAAUGCCGUGGGCGACAAGGUUUGCUUUGGGAAAUGGGGUGAAGGAGACUAUGCUGGUGGCAAACCUGAUGGGGGCUACAAGUGCAGAUCGAAAAAAUACGUCAAGCGUCGUGCAGAGAAGUGGGCGCAUACAUGUCAUGACCCGACAUCUUGGACUUCAUCUUCACCGAUCCUGGAGAAGCAUUGGGGCUUGGUGCAAUCCGGUGUGCCAUCAGCCGUUCAAUACUGCCAAUGCUUUGUGUUCUCUGGUGUCCUCACGACCAUUGGUCGAACCUUGGGCAUCGCCACGCGUUCCGUCACCAACUUCCAAUCCGCGCACGACGUGAACUCCGAUCGGGGCGUCUCCAAGUUCUUCUUCACGACUCCAACGGGCGUUUGGGAACCGGUGGAAUUCUCAGAUACUUUGUGCCCUGCCUGGUGCGAAAGCGCCAAGAAGGCCAAGAAGAAGAAGUGCAACCUCAAACGCUGCUCUUCAGCGUUGCGCAGAGGUGUUGGCUUCACUGGCCGCUGCAAGGCAUGCAUUCCUUGUGUGCCAUGCGAAAGUCGGGAGGACAGCAUCUGGUCUUUCCACGUCUGGAAUGAGAUGUACUAUGCACGUGGGAAUGGGCAGGAAUGGCAGGCCUUGGACGCUACGCCGCAGGAGAUGUCGGGUGGCAAGUUCCAGAUGGGACCUGCCUCGGUCCCCGAGGUGCGGCACGGCAAGAGCGAUUGCUAUGAUACCGACUUUGUCAUUGGAGAAGUCAACGGUGAUACCAAGCUUUAUGUCUACCAGGUGCCAAACUUGGAUGAAGACACAAAGCAAAAGGCCAUUGAGAAGGGCGAGUUCAUGUUACACUCAGGAGACCCCUUGUUCCUGGGCAUUCGCUGGUACAUGGAUCCCUUUGGAGAUCCCUACAACACCGUUGGCUACAAGGUGGUCACCAAGAAGCCUGGACAAAUUGCCAAGUCCUGCUGGAAAAAUCCAAGUGACUGUCAGGAUGAAGAGUUGGACUUGACACCCUCUUACAAGCAAUGCCCACAUGCUGAGGGCCGCCAGCCUUUCUGUGCAGCUGGCUAUUCCAAAACCAAGCCACAAUGUGCUGAGCCUGGAGCAGAUGAAGAAUCAUUGCUGCAGCAAGAAGAUGAAAUGUUCCAAGAAGGAAACAGCUCAUAUCAGGUGGUUCAUCGGAGCCUUCAUGAGUUGACUGGCGACUCCGACGAUGUGAAGGCAGAGUUCAGUGCCUUUGUGCCCAAGACCAUUGAGCUGGACCAUGAUUUGCCUUUGCAGAUCACCUUCACGAACACAGGUUCCGAGCAGCGCACCUUGCGGAUCGCCAUCACCUCGCUGGGCUGCGACUAUCGGGGAAUGCCGGUGAUUACCAUGCAGACGAGACGGAAGAAGUAUGCCAUGAAGCUGCCCUUGGAUGGGCUCGAGACUCUGUUGCAGCGGGAAGUGGAGCUGGGGCCAAGGGAGACGAAAGUGUUCCAGCACGUGGUGCCUGCGGAGAACCUGAGCGGAGAGCUCUUGGAGACCCUGGAGGUGAACGCGGCGGAGGGUACCUUCUUCCUCCAGUUCCACGUCUCAGCCCACGUCCUUGAGACUGGGCAGACCUUUGGUCAUCAGCCCCGCAGGCACCUGGUGGAGGCGGGUGACGCCUGAGCGGCCUCCACGACGCCGGGCGGCCGACGCGACGCGGCCGUGGAAG